CUCUAAAGUCUAAACCCCACAUUAUGUUGUCAAAUACUCAAACUUAUGUGCUAUAUUCUAUGUUUCUCUAUUUACUUUGUCUUGGACAAUUUAUUAAUCUUUCCACAAAUUCUCAGCUGAAUUGUUCAAAUAUUUUUGAACGUGUGAUCCCAAAUCCCAAUUUAAUAUCAAAUAAGUUGUCAACCAAUUUAUUAUUAUUUUUAAAAGAAUUCCCACUUGACUUGAGUACUUUGAUCACUUGUGGGUUGAUUGUUCAACUCAAAGCAACCAUCUUUAAAGUCCUACUUGUUCAGCUCAUAAAUUUUCUUUGUAAAUUGUGGGGUUUUUUUUGGGUAUCCUAACUUUCAUUGUUGAAAAUUUAUUGUUCUUCAACUUAUAUUUCAAGUUCUCAACUUGGAUAGUGGACUAAUUGCUAUUCUUGAUUCUUGUCCUUUUUGUAGUACUACUAUUUUUCUUCUUAUCCUCUUCUAUUUUCCACCAUUUGAUGCGGUUAACCAUGUCCGUUUCUCUACUAAUCAUCCAAAACGUUUGGUUAUUGAUUAAAUAUUUUGAUUAUAUUGGAUAAUUUGAAAAAUUCCCAUAAUUUUCAGCAAGUAAAACAAGGUAUUUUACAAGUUUUUGCUUAAUUCUUGCCAUUUUUUGAUUGAAUAUGCUUUCCUUUUGAUCUUUACUUGUUUAUGAAAUUGGGUAUUGUUUUAAAUUUUUCUGUUUUUCAUAGUACAUACUCCAACUAAGACAAUGCUCGAUUCUUCUGUAAAAUAAUUUCAUUAUAGUUGUAUAGUUUGUGAGAAAAAUUUAGGGUUUGUUAAAUCAUAAUAUUAUGAUGAGUUCUAUUGGAGAUGUAAAUGUUGGUAUGAUUUCUUCAAACCACCAUAGACAAGAAAAUUUGUUUGCUGCUCAUAGUCUUUUCAAGGAAUUAGAGGCUAAUGAUAGUUUGCCUGAUUAUAUGAAGAAGAUUUUAGCUGAUCUUGCCUUAAAAUUGUCUGAUAUGGAAGUAACCCUAGAGAGCAAUACAAGUGAAUCUGUUCAAGUAUUGAGAAAUAGGGAGUUUAAUGAUGCAAAAGAGAAAUUGAAAAUUGCCCAUGAGAAAAUUAGGGUUAGGGAAUUGAACCCUAAUAUGAUUUGGGAAUUAGGCCCUGAAUUAUUUUGGGAUUAUAUCCAUUCUGUUGAGGAAAUUGUGGGUUUGUUGAGAUUGUUUAGAAGUUUGUGUGUGGAGGAAGAUGUUAGUGAUGUUAUAGGUCAGGCUGAGGAUUUAGUGCAAGUUGCUAUGCCUAGAUUCGAGGAAGGAUUGGUGCAUAUUCUUAACAAAAGAAGGCGAUCCUAUGUUCCGAGUGAGGUCGAGGAGAAUGUUCUAGAAGGAGCUCGUUUCGGUUUAAAUGAAGAAGGAAGUAUCGUUUUCGAUUUGAUUGACCGAAAAUCUGUUCGGGUUCUUAAGUCGAUUAGAAGAAUUAUGUUUGACGCGAAGUAUGAUAAGGAAUUUUGUGGGGUUUAUGUAAGGACCCAAAAGUAUGCAUUGGAAGAGUGCUUAAUUGGCCUUGGAAUGGAGACAAUUAGCAUAGAUGAGUUGAUCAAGUUGCGUUCGGACAUUUUGGCUUCCAAAAUCAAGACAUGGACCCGGGUGGUUAAAAUUGCGGUUCGAGUCUAUUUUUCCGCUGAGAAGCGUCUUUGUGAUGAAAUUUUCGGGGAGUCUGAUCCGAUUGCAUCACUUUGCUUGAUCAACAUUACUAAGUCUUUCAUGAUAUGUUUCUUCAACUUUGGCCAUGCCAUUGCUCUUGGGCCCCAUACGCCAGAGAAGCUCUUCUAUCUUCUUGAUAUGUACGAGGGUCUAGCUCAAGUUAGGGAGCAGAUCAAUACCCUUUUUGGAGUUGAAGAAGGGUCAUUAGUGAGGACUGAGUUUGAAGAGGUCAUGAACCGACUAGGCGAUUCCGCUCGAGCAACAUUCGUAGGUUUUGGCGAUCAAAUUCUGUUGGAUCCUUCGACAGAUCCUUUCCUGGGUGGAGGAGUCCAUCCGCUCUCUAGCUAUGUAAUGAAUUACAUCAUCGUCUACCUCCCCGACUACUGCAAAACCCUUGAGACCCUCCUUCAAGAUAAGGACGGAAAUGGCACGAGCACAAACUCGAUUUCACCUGAAAAAAACUUGUUAGCUUCUCAUCUUAGGUCAAUUGUGGCAAAUUUGAAGUCGAACCUUGAGAAAAAGUCUCAAUUAUACAAAAAUACCGCCUUGCAGCACAUCUUUCUGAUGAAUAACACUCAUUACAUCCAGCAAAAAGUGAUAGGUUCCGAGCUGCAGAACAUAUUCGGGGACGAAUGGAUCAGAACACAGAUAGUGGACUAUCAACAACACGCUACUAGCUAUGUCAGGACUACUUGGAGCUCAGUAGUGGCCACCUUUAGGAACGACGGAAUACCAUCGGGUUCUGGUUCAAGGGUUAAGUUAGUCCUUAAAGAAAAGAUCGGGAUUUUCAUUGUUGCAUUCGAGGAGGUGUAUAGGAGCCAAACAGGGUGGAUAAUUCGAGACGAACAGCUUAAGGAAGAGCUGAGGAUAUCAAUCUCUCAGAAGGUGAUUUUGGCAUAUCAGAGCUUUAUAGGAAGGCAUAAAAAGUAUGAUAUCGAGAAGUAUGUGAAGUAUGAUUCCGAUGAUUUGGAGAAUUUGCUCCGAGAUUUCUUUGAAGGGUCUCAAAAAUCGUUGAAUUAUCGAAGAAGAUGAACUUAGUGAAAAGUAAAGAUAUAUAGUGAAGUUGUAGACAUUGUUGGUUUAUUGUUUGUUUCUUUGUUCCUCGUUUGUUUGUAGAUUUGCUACGUUUCAUUUGUCGAUGUGCGAGAUGGUCGAUAUUGUAUGUCCUCCGAUCAUUUAUUAGCGCAAAACGUAGUACUUGUAAUUUUUGACGCAUAGAUGCUGAAUGGAAAUCUGCUUCCUGUUACAAAAA